AUGGUCGCCGGGGGAAUCGAAUCUUACGGUCAUAAGAGAAACCAUACGUUUUUUGCGACAACCGAAUUGAAGGAACAGUUAGAAAAGUUUUGUUUAUUGGAGAACACGAAUAUAACGCGAUCGGAGUCGGUAAACGAAAUAGACUGCGAAAACCAUUAUGUCCAAAACACCAAGCGCGACGAAUCGGGACGAUAUAUUGUGUGUUUACCCUUCCGCGAAGAGGGACACGAUUACAAUCACUUACGCGGUAUAGUCCUACGUCGGUUCCAUAAUCUCUGGAAGAAGUUACACGCGAAUAUCGAACUCUGGAAGGAAUAUAAGUGGAUUAUGCGGGAAUACAUCGAUUUAGGACACAUGUCGAUCGUCGAAGAAAGACCUAUAGGGGGUUGCUAUCUUCCCCACCACGCGGUCAUUAAAUCAUCUAGCGUGACAACAAAGGUACGGGUCGUAUUUGACGUCUCCGCAAAAAAUGAUAAGAGACUUUCUCUCAACGACACCUUAUUAGUCGGACCUAAAAUACAAGACACUUUAGUAGAACACUUGUUACGAUUCUGGAUGUAUCAGUACGUAUUAACGGCGGAUAUCGAGAAAAUGUAUCAGCAUAUAUGGAUUCAUCCAGACGAUCGCCAGUAUCAACGGAUAUUUUGGUGGCAUAAUGAACAAAUUUGCACGUUCGAACUCAAUACGGUGACAUUCGGAAUAGCGUCAGCACCGUUUCUUGUCAUACAAACCAUAAAACAACUCGGGAAAGAUGAAGAAACUAUCCACUCGGAGCCGAAAUACUAA